UCCAUGGAAACCACGUGCUACAAACUCGCCCGCAUUCACUUUUCCUGAGAAAUGGCUAAAAGGAACAACUACAGCGAGAACGACUUGGCGCGACUGCGAGCAGAACUCAUGGAAGAACGAGAGAUAAAAGAGAUGCUAGUAGAGUCCGUAUGUGAUCUGCGAUGCACUGUAGCGGAGCUGCAGGACAGACUGCGCAGCGUCGAUGGGGAAGGGAACGAGUGGAAGACGAGGUUCGAGACGCAGGUGGAGCUAAACGGACAGCUGGAGAGACAGAUUUCACACCUUCAGCAGAGGCUGGAGGGUAUCAAAGUGAACCCUGUUGAUCGACUGGCUUUUAUCCGUUCAUACGAAGACAUGGCAGUUGAAAUGCUGAAACAACAUCUGGAAGUCCUGAGCGAGGAGAAGUCGGACCUCCAGAGUCGGCUGAGGGACCGCCACCUUCAAAUCGACCUGGAGGGAAAGGCGUUCCACAAAACCAACGAUGAAAGGCGGGCGUACCUUACAGAAAUAGCUACGCUGUCCUCAUUCCGUGAGCAGCAAAGAAGACAGCGCUCCAAUCACCGACAGGGGGCACCAGUGAGCAAACGUAUCAGGGCACACAGAGGAAAAGACAUCCCUAGGAAGGCACAGCAUGGUUCUAACAAUGGAGCAGAGGAGGGAUUUAGGGAAUGCGUGAAUGGAGGAGGAGGUGAUUCAAAAACAGAGCGAGGAAUGAAGAAGAAAUGCCAAAGGGAAAGCAUGUUACCCACCCUGAAGCAGCGACUGAGACACAAUCCCUGACCAAAAUCUGCAGCCACGGAUCCCUGCAGGGUUCUUUUAUUGCUGGUGAUUAGCCUUGCACAUCUCAGUCAGCUUACUUUUUGUUUUGCUUUUAUUCAUUUCUCUCUACGGCUGAUUAGAUAAUAAGUGAAAGGCUGGCGUUUUAUUCAAAUUUCCUGCGCAUAACGAAAUGGGCCGUCAGAAAUCUGACUUUUCUUGCAAACUUAAGCAGAGCUUCCACACGCGUACCAAGACAGUUGCACAAGGCCUUCAUCAUGGUAUUAAAAUGAGUUUAUUCAUCUAGUUUAAACUCUUUUGAGCACGAACUGCUUCCAGCCAGUGGUUUAACUUAAAUAGCGUUUUUAAAAACUGUCUUACAGAAAAACAUAGUUGACAAGAGAGUGGUAAAAAUAGUAGAUUAUUCUUCUUCUUCUAAUUGUAAUGUGUCACUAACACAACAUGUUUGUGAUCACAACGGGGCAGCUUCUGUGUGGCGUUCUUUUUAUUUUCUAAUCUUCUUAAAAAUCAUACAUCUGUGUUACUCGGCCCACCAAGCAGGAUUAGAUUUUGCUCUGUAGCCAGUUUAGCUUUGAAUCCAGAGAGAGGAACCCAAGAGACGUCCAAAAGAUGGAGCAGAAUCCAACGGCCGCCUUUUUUGCUGUGAGCAUUUAGGGUGAAGAAAGUUGCUGUGGAAACCAACUUCUGUCCAAGACACAGAGAGAGAGAGAGCUGAUACCACAAAGUGGAAAUAAAAAUUGUUUGAGAGAAAAUAAGCAACUUCUUUUGACCUGAAGUGAGUGAGCCCCUGCUUAUUAGUUUGGUCCCCAAUGAUUCUGGUGCUGGAAAUCGACGGAGCUAAGAAUAUCUCCUGUACUCCAUUUUCUUUUCCUCUCCAAACCUUCCCCUUAAAGUAAGUGAGGUAAAUUAAAUGUAAAUUAUGCAGGAAACUUUAGAUUUUUGAUACAGUUCCCGUUAUUCUCAAUUAC